AUGGGCAACCGCACCUUGGAGGGCUGCCACGUGGACUCUCGUGUGGACCACCUCUUCCCACCCUCCCUCUACAUCUUCGUCAUCGGCGUGGGGCUGCCCACCAACUGCCUGGCCCUGUGGGCCGCCUACCGCCAGGUGCGGCAACACAACGAGUUGGGCGUGUACCUGAUGAACCUCAGCAUUGCUGACCUGCUGUACAUUUGCACGCUGCCGCUGUGGGUGGACUACUUCCUGCACCACGACAACUGGAUCCACGGCCCCGGCUCCUGCAAGCUCUUUGGGUUCAUCUUUUACACCAACAUCUACAUCAGCAUCGCCUUCCUGUGCUGCAUCUCGGUGGACCGGUACCUGGCCGUGGCCCACCCCCUGCGGUUCACCCGCCUGCGCCGUGUCAAGACGGCUGUGGCCGUGAGCUCCGUGGUCUGGGCCACGGAGCUGGGCGCCAACUCGGCACCCCUGUUCCAUGACGAGCUCUUCCGCGACCGUUAUAACCACACCUUCUGCUUUGAGAAGUUCCCCAUGGAGGGCUGGGUGGCCUGGAUGAACCUCUACCGGGUCUUUGUGGGCUUCCUCUUCCCCUGGGCCCUCAUGCUGCUGUCCUACCGCGGCAUCCUGCGGGCUGUGCGGGGCAGCGUGUCCACCGAGCGCCAGGAGAAGGUCAAGAUCAAGAGGCUGGCCCUCAGCCUCAUCGCCAUCGUGCUGGUCUGCUUCGCGCCCUACCACGUGCUCCUGCUGUCGAGGAGCGCUGUCUACCUGCGCCGCCCCCGGGACUGUGGCUUCGAGGAGCGAGUCUUCUCGGCAUAUCACAGCUCGCUGGCCUUCACCAGCCUCAACUGCGUGGCUGAUCCCAUCCUCUACUGCCUCGUCAAUGAGGGCGCCCGCAGUGAUGUGGCCAAGGGCCUGCACCACCUGCUCCGCUUUCUGGCCAGCGACAAGCCCCAGGAGAUGGCCAAUGCCUCGCUCACUCUGGAGACCCCGCUCACUUCCAAGAGGAACAGCAUGGCCAAGGCCAUGGCAGCCGGCUGGGGGGCAGCUCCGCCCACCCAGGGGGAUCAGGUGCAGCUGAAGAUGCUGCCCCCGGCACAGUAA